AUGCACGCCAGUGGUUGCCUUAGCAGCAACCUUUCCGAUGUGUUUCCAUCUUUGCCACUUCAGGAUACAAUCCCAUGUGGUCAAUUACUCAACGUUAAUACACUUAAUGGUGUGGAUGUUGCAUCCCGUUUGAAAUACCUAGGGUUAAAUGUUUCUUCACAAAACUCGAAUGCUGGUGGAGUCUUCUUCAAUGAGGACAGGUCUCGAACGAAUCUCAUUAUCAAUUACCUGCCCCAAAGCUACGAUCAAAAUGAUUUACAGCGUCUUUUCGAGAGAAAUACCGGUGCCAGUUUGUGUUACGGAUUUGUGGAUUUCGUAAACCCUCAGCACGCUGCUUUGGCUAUACAAACUUACCAUGGUUAUGAAACAGAACAAAAGCGCCUACGUGUUGCAUACGCCAGUUCCGGUGGCAGGCGCAUUACUCCAGGUACUACUGGUAUAUAUUGUUUACCUCCCUCCAGUGCUGAACUGUCUGUGUUUCGUUUGAAUGGAUACCAAGCGCCCGACUGGUCCUCUCCUCUUCGUCUGCGUAUCAUUGGCUCUGUAACCCGGGAAUCUUACGGAUUAUUUUGCCUACCAUCCCGACAGUCUCCAGCACUUGUCCCCUCCCGCAUCCCCAACGGACAACCGGCAGUCGAUCCUCUAACUGAAUCCGAAGCUCUGACCAACUUGCUGAACCGAAAAGCUCUAGGUGCAUCUAAUUGUCUUCCUAAUGCCCUCACGAAAGCACUUGAUGCAAACUGUUUGGCGGCUUCCAGUGACUUGCACUCGAAUACUCCGUUUUCGCUUCCUCCCCGUGCCAUCAUACGCAACAAAGGUAUCGAUGCUAAUGCCGGGCUUGUUACCAACGGAGGUAGCUCUCAUGCGCACCAUCUAGAAUUGCUGGAAUUGCUAGAUGCGCAAGCGCACUCUAACGCUGGGAUUCUGUCAUCAUCAGAGCGCCUCCUUGGUCGCGAACUGCCGAAUGUUGUUGCUAAUCGCAUUUCCGAACAAGAGAACGCCAAGUCCGAAGCGACUCUUAGGUCUCUUCAGCAAAACUCCGCUGCCUGGAACUAUCCAACCCAUCGGUCCGUUCUGAGCACUCUACCAGAAACCACCCGCGGGACCGAUGGCUUAUCCCAAACUAUUCUCUCUGGAGUACAAAAGCGAAUAACAACGAAAACACCACUGCUUCCCAGUCCAGUACUCACCAGCAUUGUCUCCCAGCGUGGAUGUCAAGCUCACGUUUGGUUGAAGCUAGAAAACGUACAACCGACGGGUUCGUUCAAGAUUCGAGGAAUGGAAAAUGUCUGUCGUAAGUGGGCAUCUUGUGGUGUCACUCAUGUUGUGUGUCCAAGCGGUGGGAAUGCGGCGAUCGCUGCAGCAUGUUCUGCGCGUGCAUACGGUAUCUCAUGCACCAUUGUCAUGCCCGAAUCCCCCGAUUCCGGCAUACGCAGACGCUUGCUGCUAGAAACUCCUGAUGCUAAGGUGAUCGUCCAUGGAUCUGACUGGCUGGAGGCUCACCAGCGUGCGGAGCAAAUGGUCAAUGAGCUACAAGUGAAUCACCCGGGAGAAUCGAUCAGGCUGUUGCAUCCAUAUGACCAGUCGGAGCUGUGGGAAGGCUAUGAAGGCAUCAUUGACGAAUUGGGACCGGAUUUGGGACAGCCAGACGUUAUUGUCGUUUCCGUUGGGGGCGGUGGCCUAUUGGCUGGUAUAAUUCAGGGGCUAUGGAACCGAGGUUGGUCCUCCACUCACGUGGUGGCUGUCGAAACAGAGGGCGCUGAUUGCCUGAAUAGAUCAAUGAAGGCGGGCCAGUUGUUGCUUUUACCACGUCCGACCAGUAUCGCAACAUCGUUGUCAGCACCCAUCCUUGCCCAUCGAACAUGGAACUUGGCUCAAUUGCAGUCGUUGACACCGGUGACCUGCACAGAUUCAGACGCUAUAGACGCUGUUAGGCAAUUUUUGGAUGACCAUGGAAUGUUGGUUGAGCCGGCCUGUGGUGCAUCGCUCUCUGCGUUGUAUUCUGGUAUGAUUGGUCGUUUGCAAAUGGAGGGACGAAUACCACGUCCGGCUAAUGUUGUGGUUGUCAUUGGAGGUGGCAGAAAUGUAUCACUAAGACAACUCUCUGAGUGGGAGAACCAAACAAACGGCUUCGGGUCAAUUCAGCAAGUACCGACAUUUUUACCCUCGAUGACCAGCCCGUAUUUGGUGAAUACGUCUCCCCAUUCUGUUUCGUCUGAAAUGUCAUCAAAAUCCAAUAUGUUCACUUCACAUAUGCCAACGGAUCCCGAUGAAACUCUCAAAUGUGGCACAUCAACACCGAGCACCCCACGUCCUGUGUGCACCAUUUUGAGUAGACCAUCUAUAACUGCAGAAGGCGUCGAUUCACAUGCACCGUCCGUCGACGGCGAUCGUGAAACCAGCACAGAAGGACCUGGGACCCUGAAUCCACAUGAUCUGGUCAAUUUCUCCAAGUUGCUUGCCACCUCUGAAACCGAGGGUGACGAUGGGACGUUACAUGAAUAA